GUGACGCUCAGAUCAGCGACGCACCGAGACGCACAGAAGCUGAAGUCGGAUCCAGUAUGGCGCUAUCAAAUGUCUUCGAAACUCCUGCAGCUGGGUUUAAUUUCGACAACGCGUCGAGAAAUGCUGCAUUAGAGGGUUUUUUUGAAGGAGGACAAACACCUAAACCUCUGAAAACUGGCACCACCAUAGCAGGAGUGGUGUUCAAGGAUGGGGUGGUGCUGGGAGCAGACACUAGAGCCACAUCCAGUGAAGUGGUGGCCGACAAGAUGUGUGCAAAGAUCCAUUACAUUUCUCCAAAUAUAUAUUGUUGUGGAGCAGGUACAGCAGCAGAUACAGAGAAGACCACAGACCUCCUCUCCUCCAAUCUCACCAUCUUCUCUCUGAACAGCGGGAGAAACCCUCGUGUCGUCAUGGCUGUCAACAUACUACAGGACAUGUUGUACAGGUAUCACGGCCAAAUUGGAGCAAGUCUUAUACUGGGAGGAGUAGAUUGCACUGGGAACCACCUGUACACAGUGGGGCCAUAUGGAAGUGUAAACAAGGUGCCUUACCUUUCUAUGGGAUCUGGUGACCUGGCUGCUCUCGCCAUUCUGGAGGAUGGGUUCAAACAUGACCUGGAGCUGGAGGAGGCGAAGGAGCUGGUGCGUGCUGCCAUCCACGCUGGCAUCAUGAGCGACCUUGGCUCAGGCAACAACAUUGACAUCUGUGUCAUCACCAGACAAGGAGUGGACUACAUCAGACCCUAUAAGGAGUCAGAGUACAAAGACAAGAGGAAAAUAAAAUACAGGUACCGUCCAGGGACCACACCAGUUCUGACAGAGAAAGUAGUCCCCUUAAAGCUGGAGGUUGUAAAGGAGACCGUGCAGCGGAUGGAUACAGCCUGAGUCUAGAAAAAAAAACACCAUUAAUCACCAAGCAACAUUGAGCAGUGAAAAAAAGUUUUCAGUUCUAUCACACUAUUAUUCACCUGGUUUUAAAUAAAGUAGUUCUAAGACAUUUGAUCACUGCCACCAUUGUUUCUGCUCUGUUUCACUCUGUAAUAAGGUGUUGCUGCAGCGAGAUGUUACUCCGCCAUAAUGAGACGUUUAUAACCUGUU